CGCGCGACCUGCGCGCCUGCCCGCGAGACGCCAGCCACCGGCGGCGCUAGCACCUCGGCGGAGGGCGGCCGCGGCGAGCGGAGGCGCAGCGCUGGGACCCGGACUGGGGGUGGGGAGACGAUCCCCGGCCGAGGCGAGGGCCACCCCCUGGUCCUCUGCCCUCGCGCCACUCCACGGCCAGGAGAUUUUUGACCAAUUUGGUUAUUUUAAAAAAAGAAAGUCCAUGACGGGGAGCCCUGGACUCUAGUACCAGCCCUGAUACUUCAUACUUCUAAAAUCUUGAGUGCAAAAAAGCUUUAAACAAGUAAAAUCUAGGCAACAGGCUCCCUGAAGUGUUGACAUCCCAACUUAAUCAUGAACGUGACUCAAAAAUGUUAAUAAAUAAACCAAGACCAUGGGGAAUUCAUAUGCUGGGCAACUGAAAUCUGCUCGAUUUGAGGAAGCUCUCCACAAUUCCAUAGAAGCCUCUCUGAGAUGUAGUAGUGUGGUACCACGGCCAAUUUUUUCCCAGCUCUACUUGGACCCUGACCAACAUCCAUUCUCACCUGCAGAUGUAAAACCCAAAGUGGAGGAUCUGGAUAAAGACUUGGUACAACGCUACACUCAAAAUGGAAGCCUGGAUUUUUCUAACAAUCUAACAGUUAAUGAAAUGGAAGAUGACGAAGAUGAUGAAGAAAUGUCUGAUUCAAAUAGCCCACCAAUUCCCUAUUCACAAAAACCUGCCCCAGAAGGGUCUUGCACUACAGAUGGUUUUUGUCAAGCAGGAAAGGAUUUGCGUUUGGUAUCUCUGUGUAUGGAACAAAUCGACAUCCCAGCAGGGUUCCUUCUGGUGGGGGCAAAGUCUCCCAAUCUUCCUGAACACAUCCUAGUGUGUGCUGUAGACAAACGAUUUCUACCGGAUGAUCAUGGGAAAAAUGCACUUUUAGGGUUUUCUGGAAACUGUAUUGGCUGUGGAGAAAGAGGAUUUCGGUAUUUCACGGAAUUUUCCAACCACAUUAACUUGAAGCUCACCACCCAGCCAAAGAAGCAGAAGCACUUAAAGUACUACCUAGUCAGAAGCUCCCAGGGUGUUCUGUCGAAGGGACCUCUUAUCUGCUGGAAAGAAUGUAGAAGCCGACAGUCCUCUGCUACUUGCCACUCUGUUAAACCAAACUCUUCAGUGUCAUCAACUGUGACCCCAGAAAAUGGCACAACUAAUGGAUACAAGUCAGGAUUCAUUCAGACAGAUUCUCCAAUUCUCAGUCCAGCUAAUUCUGCAAUCAAUUUAAGUGGAGCUCAGGACCUGACCCGGAAUAAGAAUGUUGUGAAGCCACUGGCGUUAUCUUUGCAGGUUGUAGGGAAGACUUUUGCUGCAGAUGCUGCCAAUGGAAACAGUAGCCAAGGAGGGAAGAGCAGUACAUCUAGCUCCACUCAAGCCCGCCCAGAGAAUUACCCUUUGUCACCAAGACCUAGCUAUGCAUCAGGAGACCAAGCUACCAUGUUCACUUCUGGACCACCAAAGAAACGACACCGGGGAUGGUACCCUGGGUCACCUGUCCCCCAACCUGGUUCAGUUGUACCUGUUCCUACAGUUCGCCCUCUUUCAAGAGCUGAGUCCCUUCUAUCUGCCCCAGUUCCACAGACCCCAUUAACUGGAAUUUUACAGCCUCGACCCAUUCCUGCAGGGGAAACUGUAAUUGUUCCUGAAAACCUGCUCAGUAACUCGGGCGUUAGACCAGUAAUUCUGAUAGGCUAUGGCACUUUACCCUAUUUCUAUGGAAAUGUUGGUGACAUUGUUGUGAGUCCUCUGCUGGUGAAUUGCUACAAGAUUCCACAGUUGGAAAACAAAGAUAUGGAACAGUUAGGGUUGACUGGCAGCCAGCUCCUGAGUGUGGAAAACAUGAUUCUUCUGACAAUACAGUAUCUUGUGCGGCUGGGUCCUGAUCAGAUACCUCUCAGGGAAGAAUUUGAGCAAAUUAUGCUGAAAGCUAUGCAGGAAUUUACUCUGAGAGAGCGAGCCCUGCAGAUGGGUGCUCAGUGUACACCUGUGUCGCCAGGCCAACUCCCCUGGCUGGCUAGAUUAAUUGCCAGCGUAUCUCAAGACUUGGUUCAUGUGAUUGUGACCCAGAACUCUUUGGCAGAGGGCAUUUCAGAGACAUUGAGGACUCUCAGUGAAAUGAGACACUAUCAAAGGCUACCAGAUUAUGUGGUGGCAAUUUGUGCAUCGAAAAUCAGAGGAAAUGAAUUUUGUGUGGUAGUAUUAGGUCAGCAUCAGUCCAGAGCUCUGGCAGAGAGCAUGCUCACCACAAGUGAGUUUCUAAAAGAAAUAAGUUAUGAGCUCAUCACAGGAAAGGUCAGUUUCCUGGCAUCGCAUUUCAAAACCACAUCAUUAGGCGAUGACCUCGACAAGCUGCUAGAAAAAAUGCAACAAAGAAGAGGAGACAGUGUUGUUACCCCUUUCAAUGGUGACCUUCAUGAAUAUGUGUCACCUCAGGAGGCUGCUGCUAUGAUUCCCACGCAAAACCUGGAUAUAGAUAAUGAAACCUUCCAAAUUUAUCAACCACAGCUUACAGUUGCCAGAAAGCUCUUAUCCCAGGUGUGUGCUAUAGCAGACAGCGGCAGCCAGAGCCUGGACCUCGGCCACUUCAGCAAAGUGGACUUCAUCAUCAUUGUCCCGCGAUCAGAGGUUCUGGUGCAGCAAACUCUUCAACGGAUUCGACAAUCAGGUGUCCUUGUAGACUUGGGUCUGGAGGAAAAUGGAACGGCUUAUCAGAGAGCAGAGAAGUAUGUUGUUCGUCUAGACAAUGAGAUUCAAGCCAAGUUUGAAGUUUUCAUGAGAAGAGUGAGACAGAACCCGUACACACUGUUUGUGCUAGUUCAUGACAACUGUCAUGUGGAACUAACGAGUGUCAUUUCGGGUUCUUUGUCACAUGGUGAACCUAGCCAUGGAUUGGCUGAUAGAGUCAUUAAUUGCAGAGAAGUUCUAGAAGCUUUUAACCUCUUGGUGCUCCAGGUUAGCUCCUUCCCAUACACUCUACAGACCCAACAGUCACGAAUCAGCUCCAGCAAUGAAGUUCACUGGAUACAGCUGGACAGCACGGAGGACAUGAGCUGCGAGGAAAAGCUGUACUUUGGCCUGAAUGAGUACAGUAAGUCUCUGCAGUGGGGGAUCACAAGCCCACUUCUGAGGUGCGAUGAGACUUUUGAAAAAAUGGUGAACACUCUCCUGGAGAGGUACCCCAGGCUGCACAGCAUGGUCGUCCGCUGCUACCUUCUCAUCCAGCAGUACUCAGAAGCUCUGAUGGCUCUCACCACCAUGGCCUCCCUCCGCGACCACAGCACACCAGAAACACUCAGCAUUAUGGAUGACCUCAUCAGCUCCCCAGGAAAAACAAAGAGUGGGAGGGGACACAUGCUCAUUAUCAGGGUGCCCUCCAUGCAGCUGGCGAUGCUGGCCAAGGAGCGGCUGCAGGAAGUGCGCGACAAGCUGGGCCUGCAGUACCGCUUUGAGAUCAUCCUUGGGAACCCUGCCUCUGAAGUCAGCGUUGCAACUCACUUUGUGGCACGAUUAAAGACCUGGAGAGGAAAUGAACUUGAAGAAUGGAUCCCUCGGACAUACCAAGACUUAGAAGGUCUGCCUUGUAUUGUGAUAUUAACUGGCAAAGAUCCUCUUGGAGAAACCUUUCCCAGGUCUUUGAAGUACUGUGACCUCCGCUUAAUUGACUCAAGCUAUUUAACUCGCACAGCCCUGGAGCAGGAGGUGGGUCUGGCAUGCUGCUAUGUCUCAAAAGAGGUCAUCCGGGGGUCCACUGUUGCCCUGGACCUGAGCGGGAAGGAGCAGGAGAGAGCCACCGCGAGCGAGAAUGACUCGGAUGAGCUGCUGAUCGAUCUGGAGAGGCCCCAGAGCAACAGCAGUGCCAUCACUGGAACCUCGGGUUCCAUCAUGGAGAAUGGGGUGAGCUCUUCCAGUACCGCGGACAAGUCCCAGAAGCAGCCCCUGACCCCCAGCUUCCAGAGCCCAGCCAACAGCACGGGGCUGGAGGAAGGGGUCUCUGCAGGCACAGCGGGAGCUGGGGAGACCCUGAAGCAGGAGUGUGAUUCCCUGGGCCCCCAGAUGGCGAGCAGCACCACCUCCAAGCCUUCAUCAUCACCCUCCUCCUCCUCGGGUCCCCGGGCUCUCCCGUGGCCCGCUGGGCCUGUCCACGGUUGUAGGGGCUUGCAUGCCACCCUGCCCCCAAUAGUGAUCCUGUCCAAAGCGGCCUACAGCCUCCUGGGCUCCCAGAGGGGAGGCAAGCUGCCGUCCUCCGCUUCCCUGCUGCCCCACGCCGAUGUGGCCUGGGUGAGCUCCCUGCGGCCGCUCCUGCACAAGGACAUGGGCAGCGAGGAGCAGUCGCUCUACUACAGGCAGUGGACCUCGGCUCGGCAGCACCACGCCGACUACAGCAACCAGCCCGACCCCAGCUCCGGCGCCCGGGCCUGCCACCCCCGACGGCUGCUGCUGACUGGGCCCCCCCAGGUGGGGAAGACAGGCUCCUAUUUGCAGUUCCUUAGGAUCCUCUUCCGCAUGCUCAUCAGGCUCCUGGAGGUGGAUGUGUAUGACGAGGGAGAGAUCAACACAGAUCACAGCGAAAGCAGCGGAGUGAGCCAGCCCGAGGGAGAGCCCUGGCCCGACAUCGAGAGCUUCAGUAAAAUGCCCUUCGACAUCAGCGUGCAUGAUCCCAAGUUCAGUCUGAUGAGCCUGGUCUACACGGAGAAGCUAGCAGGGGUCAAACAAGAAGCAAUAAAGGAAUCCAGAGCUGAAGAGCCCAGGAAACGAGAAACUGUGUCUAUGAUGCUGACCAAGUACGCGGCCUACAACACCUUCCACCACUGCGAGCAGUGCCACCAGUACAUGGACUUCCCCUCCACCUCCCAGAUGUCUGACUCCACCCUUCACGCAUUCACGUUCUCUUCCUCCAUGCUGGGAGAAGAGGUGCAGCUCUAUUUCAUCAUUCCCAAGUCCAAAGAGAGUCAUUUUGUCUUCAGCAAUCAGGGCAAACACCUGGAGAGCAUGCGACUGCCCCUGGUUUCAGACAAGAAUUUGAAUGCGGUCAAGAGCCCUAUUUUCACUCCUUCCAGUGGUCGCCAUGAGCAUGGACUCCUAAACCUUUUUCACGCCAUGGAGGGCAUCAGCCACCUGCAUCUUCUAGUGGUCAAAGAAUAUGAGAUGCCGCUGUACCGCAAGUACUGGCCCAACCACAUCAUGCUUGUGCUUCCCGGCACGUUCAAUAACGCAGGCGUGGGUGCUGCCAGGUUUCUCAUUAAGGAGCUGUCAUACCACAACCUGGAACUGGAGAGGAACCGCCUGGAAGAGCUGGGAAUUAAACGCCAGUGUGUCUGGCCUUUCAUCGUUGUGAUGGAUGACUCAUGUGUCCUGUGGAACAUUCACAGUGUUCAGGAGCAGACCAGCCAGCCCAUGGAAGCAGGAGUUUCCAGUAAGAAUGUGUCCUUGAAGAGUGUCUUACAGCACAUUGAAGCAACACCAAAAAUCAUCCACUAUGCAAUCCUGGGUAUACAGAAAUGGAGCAGCAAGCUGGCUUCCCAGAGUCUGAAGGUCCCGUUCUCCAGGUGCCACGUGCACGAUUUCAUUCUCCUCAACAUAGACCUGACUCAGAAUGUGCAGUACGACUUCAACAGGUAUUUCUGUGAAGACGUUGACUUUAACCUGAGAACAAACAGCAGUGGCUUGCUCAUCUGUCGUUUUAAUAACUUCAGUCUCAUGAAGAAAUACAUUCAGGUUGGAGGGCAAAGGGACUUUAUCAUUAAACCAAAGAUCAUGGUGUCAGAGAGCUUAGCACCCAUCCUGCCCCUUCAGUAUGUCUGUGCUCCCGACAGUGAACACACAUUACUGGCAGCCCCUGCGCAGUUCCUUCUGGAGAAGUUCCUUCAGCACGCCUCAUACAAACUCUUCCCCAAAGCCAUCCGGAACUUCAAGAGUCCUGUGUUAGCUGUUGAUUGCUAUCUUAACAUUGGACCAGAGGUGGCCAUAUGCUACAUCAGCUCCAGACCCCACUCCAGCAAUGUCAACUGUGAAGGGGUGUUUUUCAGUGGACUCCUCUUGUACCUCUGUGACUCUUUUGUAGGUGCUGAUCUUCUUAAGAAAUUUAAAUUUCUAAAAGGUGCUACCCUGUGUGUCAUUUGCCAAGACAGAAGCUCCUUACGCCAGACAAUUGUCCGCUUAGAACUAGAGGAUGAGUGGCAGUUCCGCCUCCGGGAUGAAUUUCAAACUGCUAACAGUAGUGAAGACAAGCCCCUGUAUUUUCUUACUGGACGUCAUGUAUGAACUUUUGAAGAGACCAAAAAUAGCAAAGGGAUGCC